AUUGAAUUUCUGUUUCUAUACUUCAUUGGAUAUGUUGAAAAUGACUAAUUUAAUAAGUCUUCUCACAAGGUGUGCAUCAUGAAUCAUCAGCAGAGUGGAAGAAGUGUAAAAAAUGGGGAAAAAAUAAUAAAACUCUAAUUUUUUUUACUGGAAAAAAAUUCAGAGGUACUCAAUUCUUCAAUUUCGUGAAAUUUAUUAUUUGUUUCUUAUGGAAAAUUCACUGUGUUUAUAAAAAAAAAAAUAAUUAAGUAUGGAAAAUAUGGAUGAAAUUUCAUUGGAUAAUUAUCAAAAUGUCAAAAUUCCUGCACAAACAAUGUGUGAUAAUUUGGAGUACUGGAUGACUCGACUUCCGGCUUUACUUCGCAAUUUACCCAUCAUUCAUUUGGCAAUUCCCGGUUCACAUAAUACAACAACAUACACCCUAAAUCGUUACAACGAUAUUGGUGUCGACGAAUCAACAAUAAUACAACUCCUAGGACGUUUUUUUCCAUUUAUAUUAAAACCAAUAAUUUUCAAUUGGUCCGUGAAUCAAUUCGACUCAGUGAAGGAACAAUUAAAUGGAGGAAUUCGUUAUCUAGAUCUUCGUCUAGCGACAAAACCAAAUACAAAUUCAAUUUAUUUCCUUCACGGACUCUAUGGUUCAGAGGUGAAUGAACCCCUCGAGGAAAUUAACAAUUGGCUCUCAUCGCAUCCCUAUGAAUUUGUAAUUUUGGAUUUUCAACAUUUCUAUUUAUUCAACGAUGAACAUCAUCGUCAAUUAAUAUCGAAAAUAAAAAAUAUUUUCCGUUGGAAAUUAUGUCCGUUCCAUAAGCGACUCGAUAAUAUAACAUUGCAAUGGCUGAGUUCAGAGAAAUAUCAACUUAUCGUCAUCUACAGGAAUAUAAUGGCAAAAAAUUUCCACGAUUUAUGGCCAAGUGGAAUGUGGCCGACGCCAUGGCCCGAUACAACAAAUGCCAAAGAAUUAGAUGAAUUUUUAACGAAAACAAUUGAGAAGAGAUCGCCGAAUAUGGGUUUUAUUUCUCAAUGUCUAUUGACACCGAAUAUUUCCUACGUGAUGAGACAUUUGGGGGGGAAUUUAUAUCGUGAUCUAGGGGAAAAAUGUCGAAAUGCCUCGUUUCCUUGGAUAAAUGCAAAUAAACCCGGACCUGGAGGAAUGAAUAUUGUCAUUACUGAUUUUGUCUCACAUUGUGAUUUUUUGUUCUCAAAAACUGUGAUUCAACGAAAUGCGACAUUACUCGAAGAUCAAGUUAAAUUCACUAAAAAUAGCUAAAAGUUACAAGAAAUUUUUUUUUAUUUUUAUAAGUUUACUAAUUUUACAAUUUUUUUUUUACCCAUCGACAGUAUUUGUAAAAUCAUUAAAUCAAAACGAAUAAUAAAAUUUAAAAAUCGUC